AUGUCGGGAGCGUACGACAAUGUCUCCCACGAACGGCUACUACACAACAUAAAGAAGCUAGGACUCGGGCACUGGAUUCUAUGGGUUCGAUCCUUUCUACAGGGAAGAAGCACCAGGGUCAAACUCCCUAGGUUCCUCAGCGAAUCAAUACCGACACCAAUAGGGAUCCCUCAGGGGUCCCCAAUCUCAUCGAUCCUAUUUCUCUUGUUCAACGCGCCGCUGGUUCGUGGAUACACACUCGACCUACUCAGGUGCGAGGAAUACACCCGCGCAUUUAGGUGGGUGGACGAUGUCUGCGUCCUAGCAAGGAGACAUACAGCUAAGUUCGCACCCAACAAGUUCGAAUUAAUCCACUUCAGCAACCCUCGAAUUCCCCUUACGACAACGGCGAUUACGACAGCGACGACGACACCCCCGCCAGCUCAGAGCCAACGACCGCCCUCGCCCUCAUCGUCAGACAUCUACGAAUUCCGCCAAACCAUUCUACCUUCCCCACAUACGAAAUACCUUAGCGUGUGGCUCGACAAAUACCUCGAUUUCACAACGCACCGCAACAAGGCUCCACGUGGGCGCAUCACUAAUGGCGAUGCGGAAGAUCUACCAAGCGGUGGUCAUACCGCAGCUCUUCUGGGGCCUAACCGCCUAGUACAGCCCAGCGAGUGGGAAUGUUCUAGCGACAGAGCAGUCGCGAGUGAUCAGGAGUUUCACAAGAAUCCAAAAAUGUGCGGCGCUGAUGAUCAGCGGCGCUUGACAUCGAAUUAUUACUGA